UGACAACAAAACUCUGACACAGUUGCUUGGGGUGUUUAUAGAGCAGGGUGGGAGGUGUUGCGGGGCUGUCAGAGAGCAAUCCGAUGAUGAAACAAAUGCAAAGUGGAGAAGCUUUAAUGGUGAUGGCCCUGGAUUGGGAAAGGCUCUCUGGGAGCUGGGCUUCCCACCUGCCAGCUCCAGGAGGUAAUUCAUCUUACAACACGGGAGUAUCAACAGAUACCACUUGCAAAGGAUUUCCCAUUUAUUCCUCAUGCCACUGUGGUGAAGUGGUGGAAUUUUUCACAUUCAGGAGACUGAGGCUCAGAGACACGAUAAAAUGUAAAAUCGUCAGUCAUUUCUGGAUUAGAGCAGAAGAUUUUCAACUUUGUCCUUUGUCACCUGUAGGAUGUGUAAAGGCUAACUGCUGGACUGCAUCUGGGUGAGGCCCAGGGAUAUGCACUUCUAACAAGUUCCCAGUAGGUCAAGACACAGAAGAAGAGCAGGAUCCCAACACCUCUCCUGUGCCCAUCGUAAUCUCAUCCUGUGUCUCCUUCCCGAAGACAAUCGCUGCCUAACACCAAAGUGUCUUCCCAUAGGCCUACACUAGGGCUGUUUACCACUGGAAGCCAGGGAAAGGGGGAGACUGGCCUGGAACCGUUGAAGAUCUGCCUGCAGGUCUGCUGUAGGGCUUGAGAUUACUGGAAGCAAAGAAACAAGGAGGAAAUUGCCCCUGAUCAGUAUAGACUGGUCCACAGAUCUCAUGAGUUAAUAGAUCUACUUUAGGGUAUAUCACCAAUCAAGAGAAGGAAAGAGGAGGGAACUGCCUUGAUCAUUACAGGUCCACCUCCAGUGGCAGCUGUAGUGGCCUUUAAGUGGCUGAAGACCAGCGCCUUCACAGGCCUACACCCAGACCUACUACCCUCUUUCCCCAUCCUGAUUGAGUCCCCUGUAUCUUGUUCGUGCCUUCAGUGGGGGUGAUUACAUGGGUCGCGUUCAGGAAGUGGGCUGGGUGACUGCAGGACUGGUGGUUUGGGCUGGUACCUGCUACUACCUUUACAAAUUAACCAAGGGAAGAGCCCAGAGUGUGAGGACACUUGCCAAAAAUGGGUCCAGAGUCAAGAUGGAGACUGUGGUUGGGGUACAGAACCAGACCUUGGCCAUGGGUGAAGCCAUGGCUGGAACAGAGACUGAGACUAGACCCAAGGCCACGACUGGAGCAGAAACUGAAGCAGGAGGUAGCGCUGGGGCUGAAGUAGAGAUUACCACCCCUGCUAAAGCCAGACCCAAAGCCAACUCUCAGGCCAUGACAAUGGCUGAGGCAGAGGCAGAGAUACAAUCGGAGGCCAAAACAGUGGCCAGAACAGUGGGCAUGACAGAGGCAGUGACUCUGACUGAGGCCCAGGUCAAAGCCGGGGAAGUGACUAUGAGAGAGGCCGUGACUCAAACGGACUAUGAGGCUGGGAGAGUAGUCAAGAAAGAGGCUGUGACCCAGACCAAGGCUAAAGCUUGGGUACUAGCUGCCAGGGCAGAGACCAAGAAAGAAGUAAUGACCCAGACCAAAGUGGAAGCUCGUAUACUGGCUGAAAAGGGGAUGAACAGAGUAAUGGUGACACGGAGCGAGGUCCUAGGAGUGAUCAGGGAAGUGUCCAAGAUGGGUGCCAUAAAUAAGACUGGAAUUGUGGCUGAGACCAAGGCAGGAGCCCUGGAAGAGACUGUGAGUGUGGCUGAGACUCAGUCUGAGGCCAAGCCUGCUAACACAGUUGAUGCUAAGGGAAAUCCUAAUACCGUAUCCAGGGCUGAAGUUGGAGCGGACAUGAGGUCGUGUGCACCAUCUCAGGCUGUGACCAAGAUCCACGUCGACAACAUGCCUGGUGCUGGGGUUGAGGUCAAGGGGAAUCACAAAACCAGGUCUCAGGCAGAGUCUAGGGCAGACAUGAGGGCUUCUGCCCAGCCUCAGAUUAUAGCCAAGACCCAGGCUGAGGCUAUGCUUGGGGCAAAGGUUGAUGCUGGGGUUAAUACCAAUGCCAUGUGUAAGGCAGGGGCAGGGGCAGAUAUGAGAGUUUCUACACAACCUCAGACUGCGGCCAAGAAACAGGGUGAGACAAUGUUUGGUGCCAGGGUUGAUGACAGGGGAAGCACUGAUGUCACAUCUAAGGAAAUGGCUGGAGCCGACAUGUGCGCUGCUACCCAACCUCAGGCUGUAGUCAGUGCUCAGGCUGAGGCUAUCCCUGACGCCCGGGUUAAAGGUAAAGGCAACUCCAAUGCCAUGUCUAAAACUGGGGCCAGGGCAAACUUGAGGGCCAAUUCCCAGCCUGAGACCUUGCCUGAUGCCAGGGUUAAGACCAGAGACAAUCCCAAUGCCAUGUCCAAGAUGGGGGCUGGGACAGACAUGGAGCUCUAUGCACAGCCUCAGCCUGUGGCCAAUGUCCAGGUUGAUGCCUUGCCUGAUGGCAGGAUUAAGGCUAAAGGCAAUGCCAACACCAUGUCUAAGGAAGGGGCUGGGACAGACACAAAGGCACAGUCUCAGGCUUCCACCAAGAGCCAGGUUGAGACCUUACCUGGUACUAGACCUAAGACUAAGGGAAAAGGCAAAAGCAAGUGUAAAGCAGGAGUCGGGAUAGAAAUGAAAACCUGCGCGCAGCCUCAGGUUGGGGCCAAGACCCAAGCUGAUGCUUUACCCGAUUCCAGGGUUGAUGGCAGGGGUGAUCCUAAUGCUGUUUCUAGGUCAGGGGCUAAGGCAGAGCUCAGGGCCUGUGGACAGCCUCAGACUAUGGCCAGUUCCCAGGGUGAGGCCUUGCCUGGUGCCAAGAACAAGGUCAGGGGCAAUUCCAAUGCUAUGUUCAAGUCAGGGGCUGGGCCAGAUACAAUGGGCUCUGCCCAGCUCCAUGCUGUGGCCACUUUCCAGGAUGAAGCCUCACCUAAUACUAAGAAUAAAGUCAGGGGCAAUCCCAAUGCUAUGUCUAAGGUAGGGACUGGCCCAGACUCAAUGUGUUCUGUCCAGCCUGAAACAGAUACAACAAGCUCUGCUCAGCCCCAGACUGAGGCAAGUUCCCAGGGUGAGGCCUUGCCUGGUACUAAGAACAAGGUCAGGGGCAAUUCCAAUGCUGUGUCUAAGACAGGGGCUGGGCCAGAUACAAUAGACUCUGCUCAGCCUGAGGCUGUGUCCAAUUCCCAAGGUGAAACCUUGCCUGGUACUAAGAAUAAGGUCAGAGGCAAGUCCAAUGCCAUGUCUAAGACGGGGGCUGGGCCAGAUACAUUGGGCUCUGCCCAGCUCCAGGCUGUGGCCAGUGCCCAGGGUGAAGCCUUGUCUGGUACUAAGAAUAAGAUCAGGGGCAAUCCCAGUGUUGUGUCUAAGGCAGAGGCCAGGGCAGAUGCAAUGGGCUGUGCCCAGCCUCAAACAGAUACAACAGGCUGUGCCCAGCCCCUGGCUGUGGCCAGUUCCCAGGGUGAAGCCUUGCCUAGUAUCAAGAAUAAGGUUAGGGGCAAGUCCAAUCCUGUGUCUAAAACAGGGGCUGGGCUAGAUACAGCGAACGCUGCCCAGCCUCAGGCUGUGGCCAGUUUCCAAGGUGAAGUCUUGCCUGGGACUAAGAACAAGGUCAGAGGAAAUUCCGAUGCUUUGUCUAAGACAGGGAAUGGGCCAGAUACAGUGGGCUCUCCCCAGCUCCAGGCUGUGGCCAAUUCCCAGGGUAAGGCCUUGCCUGGUGUAAAAAAUAAGGUCAAGGGCAACCCCAGUGCUUUGUCUAAAGCAGGGACUGGGCCGGAUACAGUGGGCUCUGCCCAGCCCCAGGGUGAAGUCUUGUCUGGUACUAAGAAUAAGGUAAGGGGCAAUCCCAGUGUUGUGUCUAAGGCAGAGGCCAGAGCAGAUAAAAUGGGCUCUGCCCAGCCUCAAACAGACACAACAGGCUCUGACCAACCCCUGACUGUGGCCAAUUCCCAGGGUGAAGCCUUGCCUCAUGUCAAGAAUAAAGUCAAGGGCAAUCCCAAUGCUGUGUCUAAAGUAGGGACUGGGCCAGAUACAGCAGGUUCUGCCCAGCCUCAGGUUGUACCCAAUUUCCAGGGUGAAGUCUUGCCUGGGACUAAGAACAAGGUCAGGGGAAAUUCCAAUGCUGUGUCUAAGACAGGGGUUGGGCCAGAUACAGUGGGCUCUGCUCAGCCCCAGGCUGUGGCCAAUUCCCAAUGUGAAGCUUUGCCUGAUGUGAAGAAUAAGGUCAGCAGCAAUCCCAAUGCUAUGUCUAAGGUAGAGGCCAGAGCAGAUACAACAAGCUUUGCCCAGCUUCAGGCUGUGUCUAAUUCCCAGGGUGAAGCCUUGCCUGGUGCCAGGAGUAAGGUCCGAUGUAAUCUUAGUGCUGUGUCUAAAGCAGACACUGGGCCAGAGACAGUGGGCUCUGUCCAGCCACAAGCUGUGACCAAUGCCCAGGGUGAAGCCUCAUCUGGUACUAAGAAUAAGGUCAAGGGCAAUCCCAGUGCUAUGUGUAAGGUAGAAGCCAAGGCAGAUGCAAUGGGCUCUUCCCAGCCUCGAACAGAUACAGCAGGCUCUGCCCAGCCCCUGGCUGUGGUCAAUUCCCAGGGUGAAGCCUUGUCUGGUCCUAAGAGUAAGAUCAGGAGCAAUUCCAAUGCUGUAUCUAAGGCAGAGGCCAGGGCAGAUAUAACAGGCUCUGCCUGGCCUCAGGCUGUGGCCACUUCCCAGGAUGAAGUUUUGCUUGGUACUAAGAAUGUCAGGGGCAAUCCCAGUGCUGUGUCAAAGGCAGAGGCCAGGGCAGAUACAAUGGGCUGUGCCCAGCCUCAAACAGAUACAACAGGCUCUACUCAGCCCCUGGCUGUGGCCAAUUCCCAGGGUGAAGCCUUGCCUAGUGUCAAGAAAAAGGUCAGAGGCAAUCCCAAUGCUGUGUCUAAGGUAGAGGCCAGAGCAGAUACAACAAGCUUUGCCCAGCCUCAGGCUGUGUCUAAUUCCCAAGGGGAAACCUUGUCUGGUGCCAGGAGUAAGGUCCGGGGCAAUCCUAAUGCUAUGUCUAAGGUAGGCACUGGGCCAGAUAUAAUGUGUUCAGCUCUGCCUCAAACAGUUAUAACAGGCACUGCCCAACCCCAAGCCAUGUCUAAUUCCCAAGGUGAAACCUUGCUUGGUGCCAGAAAUAAGGUCAGGGACAAUCUCAAUGUGGUAUUUAAGGCAGGGGCUGGGCAAAAUACAAUAGGCUGUCUUUCACCCCAGGUUGUGGCCAUUUCUCAGGAUGAGGCCCUCCUUGGUGCCAGAAGUAAGGUCAGGGCAAAUACCAAUGCUGAGUCUAAGGUAGAGGCUGGGGCACAUAUGAUGGGCUCUGGCCAGCCUCAGUCUGUGGCCCAUUUCCAGAGUAAGAUCUUACCUGGGACAAAGGACAAGGCUGUACCCAAGUCUGAGGCAGAAGCCACAGGAGAUGAGGGCUCUGCAAAGCCCAAGGCUGAGGCCAUGCCCACUUCUGAGAGUGGGAGUGGGAUAGGCACUCAGGCCUGCAGAAAGACUCGGCCUAGGGUCCAUGACUAUUACUGGAAUGGGAUUGGUAUUGAGGAUUGGAUUGCUUCUGAGCGAUGGAUCAAAUUUAGGUUUCAGGCCAGGGAUGGAUACUGGGAGAAUAGCAUGUCCUGGGCUGAUGAUGAGAAUGAAGCCAGUAUUGAGUCCUGGAGUGGGGCUAGUGAUAAGUCAAUUAGGUCCUGGGCUGGGGUUAAGGCUGAAAAUGAAGUUGGUUUUCCAUCCUCGGCUGCAGCUGGGGACCAGGCCUGUGGGGGGCUCUGGGUUGGGAGCAAGGCCAGUGGGAGUUCUUUGUCGGAGGCUGGGGACAUGGCCAUUGGAGCAUCCUGGAUUGGGGCUGAGAACCAGGCCAGUGGGGGGUGUUGGGCUAGCCUUGGGAACCAGGCUAUUGGGGAGCCCUGGGCUGGAGGUCAGGCCAGUGGGGUGUCCUGGGCUGGGGAAGAUGCCAUUGGAGGGUCCUGGACUGGAGCUGAGGAACAGGCCAGUGGAACGUCCCAGGAUGGGGCUGGGAUUCAGGCUAAUGGAGGGUCCUGGGCUGAAGCUAGAACUGGGAAUGUGGCUAGUAUUGGGUACUGGCCUGGGGAUAUGGAGCAGACUAGUGGAGGGUACUGGGUUGGGACUGGUGAUCUGUCUGGUGGAUCCAAGCCUAGAUUUGAGGAUCAGGCCAGUGAAAAUGUGUCCUGGGCUGACACCGCAGACCAAGCCAGUGGAGCGUCCAGGCUGAGGCCUGUGGACCAGUCUGGUGAGUCCUGGGCUAGGGCUAGGGAGCAGGCCAACAAAGGUUCUAGGCCAGGGUUUGUGAACCAGUCCAGUGUUGGGUCCUGGGCUAGCACUGGGAAUCAGGCCAGUGGAGGAUUCUUGGUUGGGACUGUGGACCAGGCCAGUGGGGGGUCCUGGGCUGGGACUAGUGAUCAGUCUGGUGGUGAGUCCAAGCCUAGGUUUGAGGAUCUGGCAAAUGCAGAAGCGUCUUUGGCUAGGGUUGGUGGCCAGGCUGGUGGAGGGCCUAGGUUGGGACCUGAGGACCAGUCCAGUGGAAGGUCCUGGGCUGACUCUGGGCACCAAGCCAGUGGAGGGUUCUUGGUUGGGGCUGUGGACAAGGCCAGUGGAGGGACCUGGGCUGUACCUGGGGAUCAGGCUGGUGGUGGGACUAAGCCUAGAUUUGAAGAGCAGGCAAGUGGAAGAGCGUCUUGGGCUGACAAUGGGGGCCAGGCUGGUGGAGGGUCUAGGCUGGGUCCCAGGGACCAGUCCGCUGGAGAUUCCUGGGUUGGCACUGGGGACCAGGCCAGUGAAGAAUGUAGGCUGGGGCCCGAGGAUCAGUCCAAGGGAUGGUUCUGUGCUUGCAGUGGGAGUCAGGCUAAUGCAAGUGGGUCCUGGGGUGGGGCUGGUGGCCAGGCUAUUGGCGGAUCUAGACUAGGGCCCACGACCCCACCCAGUGGUGGGUCCUGGGCUGAUAAUGGAAGUCGGGUCAGUGGAAGGUCUUGGGCUGGGACUGGAGAUGAGGCUAGUAGCUGUCCCAAACCUGGAUUUGAGGAUCAAGCCAGUGGAGGGGGGUUCUGGUCUGGUGCUGAGGACCAGGCUGUUGGAGGAUCUAAUCCAGGGCCUGCAAACCAGUCUAGUGGUGGGUCCUGGACUGGCACUGGGAGUCAGGCCAGUGGAAGGUCCUGGGCUGGGGCUAGGGAUGAGGUUGAUAGCUGUUCCAAACCUGGAUUUGAGGACCCAGCAGGUAGAGAAGGCUCCCAGGCUGGCAUUGGGGAUCAGGCUAGUGGAAAAUCUUGGGCUGCAUCUAGGCCUGGUAAUGAAGCCAGCAGAGGGUCUAGGCUGGGGCCUGAGGACCAGGCAAGUGGAGGGCCCUGGGCUAAGGCUGGUGACCAGGCCAGUGGAAGACCCCAGAUCAGUGCUGAGAUGGAGGCCAGUGAAAGAUCCUGGUUUGGAACUGGGGCUGAGACUAGUCCAGGGUCCUGCUUCAGGAGAGGGGAAGAGGCUGGUAUUGUAUCCAAACCUGGAGGUAAAAUCGAGGCCAGUAUUGAAUUCAGAUCAGGGGCUAAAGAAGAGGCUAAAAUUAGUUCCAGGUUUGGGGCUGAGGAUAAGGCCAGUAUUGGGUCCUGGAUCAGCUCUGAAGAGGCAGCCUGUAUGGAUUCCUGUGUGGGGGCUGGGGCUGAGGCUGGUGCUGGGACAGAGGUCGGGAAGGAGUCUUGGCUCUGGGACGGAGAUGCGGCCACUACAGGGUCUAGGCUUGGGGCUGAAGAAGAGGCUUGCAUGGGGCCGUGGACUUUGGCUGAGGAUGUAGAGGAGGAUGAGCUAAGUAGAGCAUCCAGCCCUGAUAUUGAGGAGAUCAGUUUAAGGUCCUUGUUUUGGGCUGACAGUGAGAAGAGUAAUGAGUUCAGAUCCAAGAGGGAGAGAAGCGUCAAUUUUGAGCGUGGAGCUGGAGAUAAGGCCAGUGCCGAGGAUAAGCUCGAGGCACCAACUGGUGGGGGAGCUGAUGAGAGGCCUUGGUUCUGGGAUGGUAAUGAAAACAGAAGUGAGGACAAACCUGCACUUAAGACUAAAGCCAAAAAGUCAGCUGAGUCAAGAGGCACAUAUCCAUCCAUGGUCCCUGGGGCAGGAAUGGGGUCCUGGGCAGGAGCCAUGAUCUGGACUGAAAUGAAACUUCCAUACCAAAAUGAGUCCUGCUUCCCACCUGAAGAUGAGCUCAGAAAGCAGAUCAGGUAUGAGGAGAAAACUCAGCCCUGGACCUGUCGCUGUAAACGCAAAGCUAAUAUGGAUCCACGAGAGCUUGAAAAACUAAUUUGCAUGAUUGAGAUGACUGAAGAUCCUUCUAUUCAUGAAAUAGCCAACAAUGCUCUUUAUAACAGUCCCGAAUAUCCGUUUUCCCAUGAAGUCAUUCGUAAUGCAGGUAGAAUCUCAAUUAUUGAAAGUUUGCUCAAUAAUCCCUAUCCGAGUGUUAGGCAGAAGGCUUUAAAUGCACUGAAUAACAUCUCAGUGGCUGCUGAAAAUCAUAGGAAGGUGAAAACAUACUUAAACCAAGUAUGUGAAGACACGGUCACCUAUCCCUUGAAUUCAAACGUACAGCUGGCUGGACUAAGAUUGAUAAAGCAUUUGACUAUUAUUAGUGAAUAUCAGCAUAUGGUUACAAAUUACAUUUCAGAAUUUCUUCGUUUGUUAACUGUGGGAAGUGGAGAAACAAAAGACCAUAUUUUGGGAAUGCUUUUGAAUUUCUCUAAAAAUCCAUCCAUGACAAAAGACUUACUCAUUGCCAAUGCACCAACGUCACUGAUUAAUAUCUUUAGCAAGAAAGAGACAAAAGAAAAUAUUCUUAAUGCUCUUUCACUAUUUGAAAAUAUAAAUUAUCAUUUUAAAAGAAGGGCAAAAGUAUUUACCCAGGACAAGUUCAGUAAAAAUUCCCUUUAUUUCAUAUUCCACCGACCUAAAGCAUGUGCCAAGAAACUCCGAGUCUUGGCAGCGGAGUACAGCGACCCCGAGGUGAAAAAAAGAGUUGAGCUAUUAUUAAGUAAACUCUGAUUAGUUGUAUGUUCCCAAACAAAUCUGAGUAAUAUUUUGGGUUUGCAGUCUUGGUGUAAUGCACACUGUAAAUUGCAUUACAACUUUGAAACUGAUGUUGCUUGUGAUGGCCUGUAGCUGGAUCACUUUAUGAACACCAAAUGAAUUCAAACUUGUACUGAAAAUACGUGUGUUGAUUAUUACCUUGUCUGGAUUGAGAUUUUUUUAGUAUGCUUCAUGAGCAGAAACUGACCUGAUUCUUCGUAAGUAAGGUAAUUUUUGGUCCUUUGUGUGGACUUAUGUUUAUACAUUUGAGACUUUAUUUUUAUGUUAUCAAUAAAGUUGUGUGUUUUAAGCAGAAAAAAGAGACACAUCUUUGUCCUUGAGUUUAUGAUCUAUUUGGAAAGGCAAGAUGUAUGGAAACAAAAAUAUACUAAUAAAACCACAAGCCUCUGAUCAUGGCCAAACCCUUCCCAUCUGUGCAGAAACUUCUGCAGGCAGCCGUGCUGAGGCAAAGUUGUAGACAGGAGGGGGACAUUUAGGUAAACUGGGCUUGAAGGAUAGGAUAAAAAGGGCAGGAGAGCAUUGGAGGAGGGAGGAGUGGUGGGAAGAAAGGCAUGGAGGUGGUAAUCCCGCUCCAGAGAGGAGGCUGGCCUGCCUGGAGUUUCAAGUGUGGGGAGGGAGGGGAAUGAUGGGAAAUGGAAUCCAUCAGUCUGGGAGCCCCUUCAUGCAGGAUCCCUGAUUGCUAAACUGAGGUGUCUGAAUGUUACUCCAUCCACCCCUGUUAGACCCCAAAGCCUUCUGUGAUCAGAAGAAUGAAAAUGAAAGGAAAAGGAUGUAGCUGAUUUGUGUGCAGGAUUGGAACACCAGUUAGGAAGUCACUGCCAUGGUCCAGGCACAAGAUAAUAAAAGUGUGAGACUUCACUACUGGCCAUGGGAAUGGCAAAAGGAAGGAAGUGAGAGACUUUGAACAAAGAAGUGAUGGAACAUAUCUUGAGGGCAUACAGAGAGGGACAAUUUUAUUUUAGGGUCCCGGUGGCAUUGAAUUGGAAAGCAUUCUCUUUCUUGGCCAACUCUGGUGUCUAUGUAAGUAAAUACAUUAGUUAUUAUUUUGAAAUACUAUGAAAGAAUAAUAGAAGAAAGAACAACGUUUAGUGCUUCUAUCAAUCAGAUUUCUUUUAGAAGGCUGAUUGAGGCAGAACCUUUAUGGAACCAUUGAGAGUGGUGUUGGCAUCAGUACUGUAGAAGACCCACCUCUCUCCCACCCUAGAGUGUGGUGAGGGUGUGGUGGGAGGGGCGCUUUCAAAGUGGGCUGGCGGGAGCAUACAUUGGUACAAGGUCCAUUUGGAUCCAUGCUUUAGAAGCCUUUAAGAUGUGCAUGCUCUUUGAGCCAGUAAUCCCACUUGUAGAAAUGUAUCUAUAGAAAAUUAUCAAAUAAUUGGCUUGUACAAAGCUGUGCAUCUUCAUACUGUUUUGAAGAGUGAAAACGUGCAUGACCCAAGUGUCUCAAAAUAGGCACUUGGCUGAACAAAUUAGGGUGUGUCUGCACAUUGAAACAUUUUGCGGCAAUUGAAAAUGGUGAUGGGCGUCUACACUUAUUUACUUGGAAAAAGUUCAGCAUAUAAUCUUAAGUGGGGAAAAUAGGCUGCAAGAG